GAACUGCUGAACUUGUUCCUGCUCAUCAUGAAGACCAACAAGUCCUACAAACUUGUUCUUCACAAGAAAGGGUUUGGUGGAAGUGAUGACGAGCUCGUUGUCAACCCUAAAGUAUUCCCUCAGGUCAACUUGGGGGAUAUAAUUGAAAUUGCACACCCUACUGAUGAAUACAGUCCUCUUCUGCUUCAAGUAAAAAGUCUAAAAGAAGAUCUUCAGAAAGAGACGAUCAGUGUGGACCAGACUGUAGCUCAAGUCUUUAAGCUCCGUGCAUACCAAGAUGUAAUUGUUAACAUCGUUGAUCCAAAGGAUGUAACACUGGACCUUGUGGAGCUGACUUUUAAAGACCAGUAUAUUGGCAGAGGAGACAUGUGGAGGUUAAAGAAGAGUCUGGUGAGCACAUGUGCUUAUGUGACCCAGAAGGUGGAAUUUGCUGGAAUCAGAGCUCAGGCCAGUGAACUCUGGGUGAAAGGAGAAAAAGUGACCUGUGGCUACAUCAGUGAAGAGACCAGAGUGGUGUUCAGAUCAACAUCUGCAAUGGUAUACAUCUUCAUCCAGAUGAGUUGUGAAAUGUGGGACUUUGAUAUAUAUGGUGAUCUCUACUUUGAGAAGGCUGUAAAUGGUUUCCUGUCUGAUCUCUUUGCCAAAUGGAAGGAGAAGAACUGCAGUCAUGAGGUGACAGUUGUGCUCUUUUCACGCACAUUCUACAACGCUAAAACCUUAGAGGAGUUUCCAGAGAUACUAAGAGGCUCCAUCAGACAGAAUCAUGAGGGUCGUUUUUACGAAGACUUCUACAGAGUUGUGGCUCAGAAUGAGAGACGGGAUGAGUGGACUCCAUUACUAGUCACCAUUAAGAAGCUCUUCAUCCAGUACCCUGUCCUGGUGCGGCUGAAAGAAGCGGAUGGUUUUCCUAUGGGGUUUAACUCCACUGCUGUCCAAGGAAACUACCUGGAGGCCAUUAACCUGUCUUUCAAUGUUUUCGACAAGCACUACAUCAACCGUAACUUUGACCGCACCGGCCAGAUGUCAGUGGUUAUUACACCUGGAGUAGGAGUGUUUGAAGUCGACCGCCUGCUGAUGAUCCUCACCAAACAGCGAAUGAUUGACAAUGGCAUUGGUGUAGACUUGGUGUGUAUGGGGGAGCAGCCGUUGCAUGCUGUACCGUUGUUUAAGCUGCAUAACAAGAUGACACCUGGAGAUUCACGUGUGGGAGACGACUACAACCUUCCACACUGGAUCAACCAUAGCUUCUACACAUCAAAAAGUCAGAAUUCUUGUAGCUCUUUCACCCCACGGAUCAAACUGGCUGGACGUAAGCUUCAUGCUGAAACAUACAAAAGCAGCAAAGAUCACACUCUUUGUGCUCCAAAGGACUCAGACAACAGUUUGCCUAUACAAGUGGACUACAACGCCCAUGACACCCUGGUGUUUCGACUUCCUGGGCCUUCACGAAUUCAGAGAAGCACUAACCUCAGAAUGUGUAGAGACAGAGAUACCAGUGGGAGAAAGAGCUGGGGAUCCAUGGACGUUAGCACAGGCAUUGGUACGUCUCCUCCUGUUCGCUCAGUGGGGGCAGAGGAACAACGAAGCCUGGCCUCCGAUGAUAGCCUGGGCCGUGUAUCCAACAUGCUGCUGAUACCCCGGGUUCCUCAGGCUCAAUAUGAAGUCAGCAGCUCUUUGGGCUACACCAGCACCAGAGAGUUGUUGGAGAAGAUGAAUGACUCUCAGCGGGACUCCAGUGCACCAGGCAGGUUCACUGUGGGCAGUGCCGAGUCGACGCUGCACAUCCGUCCAGGAGGCUACACUCCACAGAGAGCUCUUAUUAACCCCUUCACACCGUCCAGGAUGCCCAUGAAGCUCACCUCCAAUCGCCGGCGCUGGAUGCACACUUUUCCUGUUGGCCCUUCUGGAGAGGCAAUACAGAUCCAUCACCAGACCCGACAGAACAUGACAGAGCUGCAGGGAAACCAGCAGAGAGAUUCAACACACACAUCUGCAGAAUUGCUGGAGUUGGCUUAUCACGAAGCAACUGGAAGGCAAACAACCUCCAGGCAAGCAGGUGAAAAUGGCCUCUACACAUGUGUAGGAGCAGAGGAAUUCACUGGAAGUCCUGGGAGCAACAACAGUGGUGGGCCUCUUACCAACCACUGCUCCUCCUUUCAAGAGUUUUCUACCAACGGUGCAGAUCCAACCCUGCUACUGUCUGCACCCCCGACAGUGCCCAGCUUCUGCUGCACAGUGGGGGUGGACUGGAAGUCCCUGACCACACCGGCCUGUCUCCCCCUCACCACCGACUACUUUCCUGAACGGCAGACUUUGCAGAAUGACUACACUGAGGGCUGCUAUGACCUGCUGCCACAUGGCAACUUGGAAAGGCGAGAUGAUGAAGCUCCAGUGAUGACUGCCUCACAGGUGUUUGAAGAGUUUAUCUGUCAGAGGUUGAUGCAGGGAUAUCAGAUUAUAGUCCAGCCAAAUAACAGGAAACCACCCCCCACCGUGGCCACACCCCUUGGCAGCAGUCCUCUUUACACCAGAGGUUUGGUCUCGUUCCGGCGAGCGGAGGAGGAGGAAACUGUUUACUGGCUUAGCAUGGGCCGGACAUUCCAUAAAGUUUGUCUUAGAGACAAGAUCAUCACUGUUACACGCUAUUUACCAAAGUACCCAUAUGAGUCCACUCAGAUCCAGUACAGCUACAGUCUGUGUCCUUCACACUCAGAUGCUCAGUUUGUUUCCUGCUGGGUGGAGUUCGGACACGAGAGACUGGAGGAGUACAAGUGGAACUACCUGGACCAGUACAUCUGCUCUGCAGGCUCAGAGGACUUCAGCCUUAUUGACUCACUGAAAUUCUGGAGGACCCGCUUCUUGUUGCUGCCAGCUGGUGGGGCUCGGCGGAUGGCGGAUGGGGAGGGUCACUGGGACGUGUACGGUGAGGGUGUUGGAAUGGGGGCCUGCGGAGACUGGGUUUUGUUGGACGGCUUCAUUCGCUUCUUGGAGGGCCUGAACCGCAUACGACGACGACAUCGCUCUGACAGAAUCAUCAGGAAGGGCACAGCAAUUAAAGGACUGCAAGUUACCAGUCCUCUUCCUCCCUACCCAACAGAGACUGUAGUGCCAUCACAAGGAAAGAGGAUCACAUCAGCUUUGUCAGCUCUGCUAGAAAUGGAACAGAACCAGAAGACUUUGGAGGAACAGCAGCAGCAACAGUCCAAACCCUCAGCAGCUGGAAGCGACCUGUCAAGUGUUGCUACAGCACCCACCUUCGUAGACAGUCCACGCAAGGAUGCUGCCUUUAUUCUGGAUUUUAUUCGUAGCCCUUGCUCCUCCAACAUCGGUCACUUUCAGUACGUGGUGGAGGAUGGUGUGCAGCUGCUCCCAGAGCAGACGGGCUUACCACUGAACUGCUUCAUCAGUGCAGAGGUGGUUCAUUGGCUGGUCAUCAAUGUAGAUGGCGUGGCUACACAAGGAAUUGCUGUGGAUAUCAUGCAGAAAAUGCUGGAUGAUGGUUUGGUGGCCCAUGCUUCCGGGGAGGCAAUGCACACUUUUGUCUACGGCUUCUACUUCUACAGAAUAGUAGGAGAAAAAGAUGGUGAAUGACAAAUAAACACUUUAGCUGCUGGGGGCUGGUCCACUGCAGCGCUUGAGGAUUUUGCCUUGUUCCAGAGGAAGUGGUUUGAGGUGGCCUUCGUGCUGGAGGAGCAGCGGCCCUGCGACCUCCCAGCGUUCCUCCUGCCCUGGCUGCCUAGCCGGCCUGCCUCCUAUGCAAGUAGGCACAGCUCCUUCAGCCGCAGCUUUGGGGGACGCAGCCAGGCUGCCGCACUGCUAGCUGCUACAGUCCCGGAGCAGAAGACCGUCACGCUGGAUGUGGAUGUCAAUAAUCGCAGUGACCGAACUGAAUGGUGCAGUUGUUAUUAUCACGGCAACUUCUCUCUUAAUGCUGCUUUUGAGAUCAAGCUGCACUGGAUGGCCGUCACUGCUGCAGUGCUUUUCGAGAUGGUCCAAGGGUGGCACAGGAAGGCGGCCUCUUGUGGUUUUCUCCUGGUCCCUGUGCUGGAGUUCCCGUUUGCUCUGACGUCUCAUUUGUAUGGAGACCCGCUGAGAGCCCAGCUCUUCAUCCCCCUCAACAUCCAGAGUGUGCUGAAGAAUGGCAGCGACAACCUGUUUGAAGGCUUUGAACCAGAGACCUACUGGGACAGGAUGCAGCUCUUCCAGGAGGCCAUCCUCUACAGGUUUGGCUUCGUACACGACAAGUUUUCUUCCUCAACUUUUAAUUUCCCUGCAGAGAACAAGCCUCAGUACAUCCAUGUCACAGGCACGGUGUUCUUGCAGCUGCCGUACUCCAAGAGGAAGUACUCAAGCGGUCAGAGCCGGAGACGCAGAAACUCCACCACCUCCAACAGCCAGGGACCAUUUGGUGGUGAGGAGAGGGUGGGCUAUUACUGGGCCUACAACACCAUGCUGACAAAAGCGUGGAGGACCGGAGCACUGGGCGACGAGAGGAUGGCGGACCGCCUGCUCAAAGAUUUCACCGACUUCUGCUCAAACAGGGACAACAGACUCGUGACUUUCUGGGACAGCUGCCAGGAGAGAAUGAAUGCUAGUGCCCCCUGACAGGUGGAGGGUCCACUCAACUUUUGCCAUGCAUACAUUGAAAAGAGUUUCUUUUCACGCAGGCUGAACUGACCGCAGGAUGCAGAGACGAUGAACAGUGCCAGUACGCAAUCAUUAAAUGAGCCUUUUCUUAUUGUGCAGUUUUGAAAUAAAUCCCUCAAAUUAGAUGUCAAAAUGUGCAGCCUCGACUGAGUAAGAUGAUCCAGGCAGGCAAAGGUUUGGAAAGCUGGGUCAUAGCUGCUUGAGCAAAAUAUCUCAAACCACUGAAUAAAUUUUAUUGAAACCUUCAAAAUGCAAUCACUGAAUAAACC